CGCGACUCCGCUGCGGGUGACGUCACUGGAGCACCGCGGGCUCCGCGAGAGGCUGGAGGCGCGUUUUCGCGGAUUUUGAGGCGUUUUUGCUCUAAAUUAACAACAGCUUUUGUCGGGAAUUUGCAGAAUUUCUCUCAGGGACUCGAGUGAGAGCGUUAAAAUCCGAUUUUCAACCUUUCAUUUCAUGUUUGCUCAGGUUUGUCUGCAGCGCGCGCAGCUGAACUUCCUCAGCUCACCUCAACCGUCUGAUUUCAGUGUACAAAUAAGGAAAUAAGGAAAAUUGUAACACCGUAGACUAUUAGGAGUUACAGGAGAAAAUUUCUCAACAACAUUGACAUUGACUUUGGCCCUUUGGCAACAUUGCACCAUGGCCCCGCCAAGCUCUUGCAUCCUUCUGCUCCUUUGUCUUGGAAUGCUCUAUCCACAUCCAGGUGACUCCUUUCCCCACAAAACCACAUGCACCAUCAAGGAAGGCAAGGCGGACUGCAGCCACAUGAAUCUAAACAAUGUACCCCCGGGUCUGCCCCCUGACAUCAGCACCCUGGACAUGUCCCAUAACCGGCUUAAGGUUCUGGACCCCGGGGCCCUGAGCCGCUACCCGAGCCUGGAGCACCUAGACGUCAGUUACAACUCCAUCAUGGGGCUGGGGCCGGGGCUGUGUGAUGCCCUGCCACGCCUGCAACACCUCAGCGUCCAGCGCAACCAGGUUCUCCACCUGACUGCAACCGAGCUGAGGAACUGCUCACGCCUGACCCACCUCGACCUUUCUGACAACAGGCUCAAGCUUAUCGGCGAGCCCUUCUCCGUUUUAAAGAGUUUGACGUGGUUAGACGUGUCUCGCAACAAGCUGAUCACUGCUGGCCUGGGCACCAAACCUCAGCUGCCCAGCCUGGUGACCCUCAUCCUCUCCGGGAAUGACUUCACAACUCUUAAGACGGAUGAUUUCUCUUUCCUUAGCAGCUCCCCUUCGUUCCGUGUGCUGGGACUUUCCUCCCUGCCUCUAAAAAAGGUGGAACAUGGCUGCUUCAAACCCGUUUCUGCACUCACAGACCUGGUGUUGGAUGGUUGCAACCUCAACACUCUCCUCACCAAAGUCUGUGAUGAGUUGUCGGACACUUCUGUAAGAAAUCUCACCCUCCGCAGCACUCUGCAAACCGUGCUCAAGAACAUCACCUUCAAAGGCCUGCUCAAGACUAACCUCACCAUGCUGGACCUCUCCAGCAACAAAAUAUCUAAAAUCGAUGACGGCACUUUCCAGUGGCUUCCCUCGCUGGAGUCCCUCUCUUUAGAGAACAACAAUAUUAAACACCUGACCAAAGAUACCUUUAUGGGUCUAAAAAGUGUAACGCAACUCAACUUGCAAAAGGCACUGGUUAAAACCAAGGCCGCCUAUCCGAUAAUAGAUGACUUCUCCUUUCAGCCAUUGGUCAAGCUAGAGCAUCUGUUUAUGAGGGACACUUCCUUUAGGGACAUUACUGAGAAUAUGUUUGCUGGACUACCAUCUCUUAGGACACUAGACCUGAGUUGGAGCAAAGCAGGGCUUAAGACUAUCAGCAAUACCACAUUCGCCUCCUUGCAAGGGUCUCCACUCCAGGUGCUCAAUCUUACAAGAAUGGCCCUCACGAAACUUGACCCCGGCGCUUUCUCAUGCCUGGGAAACCUCACCACUCUUGUGCUCAAGUACAACUUCAUCUCCCAGGAUCUAACAGGAGAAGAGUUCCGCGGGCUCAACAGUAUAAGGGAAAUCUAUUUGUCUCUCAACCAGCAGAAGAUCAGCCUAACCCACAGAUCCUUCAUCCAUGUGCCCACACUGAGGGUUCUAAUGUUGGGUCGUGCCUUGACUGGCACUCUAGACAUGGAACCCUCUCCCUUCAGACCACUAACCAACCUCACAGUGCUGGAUCUCAGCAAUAAUAACAUUGCAAACUUCAACAGUGGCUUGCUGGAGGGACUGCAUCAUCUCAAGGUGCUGAAAAUGCAGCACAACAACUUGGCUAGGUUGUGGAAGGAUGCUAACCCAGGGGGUCCUGUUCUGUUCUUGAAGGACACUCAGAACCUCUCUGUUCUGGAGUUGGAUUAUAACGGUUUAGAUGAGAUUCCACUCAAAGCCUUGCGAGGCCUUUUCCAUUUAAAUGAGCUCAGCCUCAGUGGGAAUCUGUUGAACUACAUGCAUGGGUCCAUAUUUAAUGACUUGCAGGCGCUGCGCUACUUGCGAAUGGAGAAGAACCUUCUGACGUCAGUGCUGAUGGGGACGUUCAGCGUCCCGCUGUCCAACUUGUCUGAGCUUCACAUGGAACACAACCCCUUUGACUGCACCUGUGAAAGCAUCCAGUGGUUUUCUGACUGGCUCAAUUCCACCAACACCAGCGUCCCUGAGCGCACCAGCAGCUACAUCUGCAACACCCCAGCAGCGUACUUUAACCGCUCUGUGCUAGACUUUCAGACAAACUCCUGUAAGGACUUGCUUCUCUUCCAGGGUCUCUAUACUUUCAGUAGCACCAUGGUGCUUGGUCUAAUGGCUAUAGCCUUUCUGGUGCACUUCCAGGGAUGGAGGAUUCAGUUCUUCUGGAACAUUGCAGUUAAUCGUACCCUUGGUAUGAAAGGCUCCAGAUAUGAACAAAUGGUUGAGGACAGAUACGACCACGAUGCCUAUGUUAUCCACGCACCUGACGAUAAACCUUGGGUGGAGCGAAGCUUGCUCCCACUGGAAAAUGAAAAUUUUAGUUUUUUCCUGGAGGAUCGAGAUGCAGUGCCAGGCCAGUCCACUUUGGAGUCUAUUGUUGAGAACAUAAGAAGGUCCAGGAAAAUCAUUUUCGUCGUCACAGAGGCUCUUCUGAACGAUCCCUGGUGCAGAAGGUUUAAAGCGCACCAUGCACACCACCACGUAGUGGAAGACAACCGAGACUCCUUGGUUCUGGUUUUCCUGCAGGACGUCGACGAUUACCGUCUGAGCCGCUCACUCCUGAUACGCCAAGGCAUGCUGAAAUCACGCUGCAUCGUCCACUGGCCUCUGCAGAAAGAACGCAUUGCUGCGUUCCACCAGAAACUACAUAUAGCGUUAAACUCCAGCAACAGGCAGAACUGAUGACUGUGAGGUUUAUUGGUGGACUGCACAGUUGCAGUAAGAAUCUUGUGAACAGAAGCAGUGGUGUUGUAAUACCAAUGACACCAAUA